GUUUCUGCUGCCCUAGCGAGCUGCUGCCAAACUAGCCUCUUCUCCAGACGCGGUCGGUAGGUCAAGUUUUGUAAUGGUAAACAAAAUGUGAGUAGUGACAACGCAAAUAUUUUGAGCCCUGAUGACGGCCUCCACUCGCAGUACAGUGUUGUCGCUAUACAGGCGUGUGAUUCGCAUCGCCCGAACCUGGCAGGCGCAGAGCGGUGUUACAAGUGACACAGAGACUGAGAGGAAGUACAUAGUUCAGGAGGCCCACACUCUGUUCAGACAGAACCAGCAGCUUGAAGAUCAAGAAUUAAUAAAGAGGUGUAUAGAAGAAUGUGAAGCAAGGAUAGAAAUAGGUCUACAUUAUAGGAACCCAUAUCCAAGGGCUACCUACUUACCACCGCUGGGACUGGCAACACAGAAGGGCAGGAAGCUGCGAGCACAGCAGCGCCUGAGGAAGCAGGCCAAGCCAAUUUACUUACAAUCACAUGACGAGACCUGAUGCUUGAUAUCCUUGAUCCUCGCCAAGAGUUCAAGUUACCAAGGACAGGAAACUAGAGUGCAGUCACAAGCUGAUCUUGUGCGCUGAAUUGUCGCAAGCACUCACUGAUGCAAGAACGCUCAUCAUUCAGGGAAAAGCCAUUUUUCAUUGUUUUUUUUUUUUUUUUUUUUUACCAUGAACACGAGUUGUAACUGUAGGGGAUGUUUCAAAUGUCUAAAUCAAGUUGUAAAAUUUAUUUAUACUUAUGUCUAAAUACUGAUUAUUGUUCAUUUGAGUAACAAAGUGUCUUGAUGUGAGGGAUUUCUGACCUGUUCAGUAUGUGGUCUCGUGAUGAAGCCCAGUGAUGGAAUUCUCAAUGAAAUAAAAUAAAUUUUGUUAUUCUAAGACUGA